AACUCCAAUAUUGUGUUUCGAGUGAGGGAUCUGAGUUGUUACAGAUGUUUAAAGAUGUCUCCUUGCGUAUGGCAUAUUUUUUUCGGAUCCGGAUCUCUACCCAUUAUUGAGAAGGAGAAGGCAGUAUGUGUGAUGUGCUUGGGGCACUGAUCGAUGAUUAACAAACGGAAGCGAAUAAUAGCGGAGGAGAUAGAGAGAUGGAAUGGGUACAGAAGAGGGUAGAGGCAUGGAUUGAGCAAAGACAAAAACAGGGAUGGAGGUGGGAGUGGAAAUGGAACUGGCCGCUAACAAGUUGGGGCAAUCAGGAAGAAGAGAAAUACAAACUCAGGAGGCGUUAUCAGCUUCAGCUUCUCUGUCAUGCCGUAAAGGUCGACACAAUUGCCGAUUUGCAGGACAUUCUUUGCGCAAUGGUGCUUUCCGAGUGCGUUUACAAGAAACCUGCAUCGGAAGUCAUCCGAGCAGUUAAUAAGUUCAAGGCAGAUUUUGGUGGCCAAGUCAUAUCUUUGGAAUAUGUUCAACCUUCUUUAGAUCAUGUGCCUCACAGUUAUUUAUUAGCUGAUGCAGGGGAUACACUUUUUGCCUCUUUCAUUGGAACCAAGCAGUAUAAGGAUGUCAUAGCAGAUGCAAAUAUACUGCAGGGAGCUGUAUUUCAUGAAGAUCCUAAUCAGGGCAGAUUAUUUGAUGAAGAUGGUAAUUAUAUCUGUGGAGGUGUUUCACAUGAUGGCAGUGAGGCAACAAUCAAAAUUGAGAAGCCACUCCCUGUAAAAUCUGAGGAACUGAAAGGCAGACCCAAACCUGCUGCACACAAGGGUUUCUUGGCUCGUGCGAAAGGUAUUCCUGCAUUAGAAAUAUAUAGAAUUGCACAGAAAAAGGGCCAGCGGCUUGUGUUAUGUGGGCACUCGCUAGGCGGUGCAGUAGCAGUGUUGGCAACUCUUGCAAUUUUGAGAGUCUUUGCUUCAUCACAGCUAUCAAAAGAUGGGGAUGAGAUCAAGGUCAAAUGUAUCACCUUCUCACAGCCUCCAGUUGGAAAUGCCGCUCUUAGAGAUUAUGUUCAUAAGAAAGGAUGGCAACAUCAUUUCAGGACAUACUGUAUCCCAGAAGAUGUGGUCCCACGCAUUUUAUCACCAGCUUAUUUUCAGCAUUACCGUGCACAAGCAUCAGAAGGAUCUUCUGAUUCGGGUGCAUACAAAUCUUCAUCAAGGUAUGAUGAUUAUGGAUUAAUUGGUGAGAUGUCAUCACAAAUCAAAUCAAAGCCAAAUGAAGCGGACCAUUUAGUGUUAGGGUUAGGUCCCAUUCAGAAGUCUUUUCGAAGGCUGUCUAAAUUUGUGCCUUCGAUGAGUACCCACAAGCAAUUCAAUUGGUUUGGAAGAAAAGAAAAAAUGGAUGCAACUUUGACAGAGGCAGAUCCUGUUGUGACCUCUGCUAUGGAUGAACGAGAAACAUCACUGCAGUCUCUUGAGAUUCAGGAGGGUAUGAAUGGAAUAUCCCUUACCCCCGUUUCUGAUGUGGGAAAAAGCUUUAUGGACAUUAGCACAGACACUCAGACAUCUCAAGGCAGAGAAGCAAAAAGUGGUGAACGUGUACACUGGCAUCGGGUGCCUUCCUUUCCUUCGUAUGUCCCAUUUGGUGAGCUUUAUCUAUUGGGGAAGUCAUCGGUUGAACCACUAUCUGCAUCAGAGUACACUAAACUAACUUCGGUACAGUCUGUCCUUGCAGAGUUGAGGGAGCGGUUUCAGUCACAUUCAAUGAAAUCAUACAGGUCUCGCUUUCAAAAAAUCUAUGAUCUUUGCAUGGGCAAUGAUUCUGCUUCGCUUUUGGGAAUGGAGCAUCUUCAAAAUUUGCCACAUUUGCAGCAGUGGCUAGGCCUGGCUGUGGCUGGUGCUGUGGAACUAGGACAAAUAGCAGAACCAGUUGUUGUUCGAACGGCUACUUCUCUUGUUCCACUUGGUUGGAAUGGAGUACCCAGUGAUAAAAAUGGUUCAGAGCCCUUGAAAGUUGAUGUAUAUGGAUAUGGCUUGCAUUUUUGUACUAUGAUUCAAGCUCAAGUCAAUGGACACUGGUGCUCAACCAUAGUGGAAUCAGUAGCUCCACCACCACUGCCCACAUCUAGUUAUCAAGCUGAACCAAAGCUGCAGAAAAUGCGAAUCCAAAUUGGGGGACCACUCAAACAGCCUCCCAAACAACAGAAUAUUUCAGAUUCUACAACAUCUGAUUCUGUCUGGGGAAAACGUUUUAUGGUGCCUGAUUCAAAUCCAAUUUUGAAUCUUCAAAAUGACUGUUCCAAUGGAAGUGAGAAUUGCCAAGUUGAAGGAUUAAUUGAGGUGAUUGUUCACUGUACCAGUGAUUUUGAGACGGUGUCUAAAAAGGUUUAUAUGAGACUUCGGCGUGUUCAACUAUUAGGAGUUCAGGGUGCUGGCAAAACUUCUUUAUUCUAUGCAUUGCUCGGACAGGGAAAAGGAACAACAGCAGUUAGGCAUGAGGGGAUCCUCCCUGAUAUUGAAGUGCAUGAAGGUAUAAGUGGAGGUGUUUGUUUCAUAGAUUCAGCAGGAGUAAACCUUCAGGAUUUAACUGGUGAAGUUGCUCAACUUAAGCAAGAGUUUUCUGUGGGUUUGGGUGAGCUCAACAGAAAGCUUGAUCUUGUUAUUGUUGUUCACAAUCUUGCUCAAGAGAUACCUGGAAUGCAUCAUGCCCAUAUCAAUUCCCAUAUUCGCCCCGCACUUUCAGUAUUUAUGGAUGAAACCCAAGCUGCUGGAAUUCCUUCAAUCCUUGCUAUGACCAAUAAGUUUGCUGUCAGUGCAGAUAAGCAAAUAUCAGUAGCUAAUGCAGUCAUGGAAGCUUAUCAUGUGUCUCCGAACAUGGGGGUCUUGAUCAACUCAUGCCCUCAUGGACUGCAUGGUACAGGAAGUAAGUCUUGUGCCUGGAACUCAUCUGAAACAACUUUGGCAAAGACUACUGGAACUAAAAGAAUAAAAGGAGCAGCACAAAAGUUAAUUUCAGCUCCCAUGAAUCUUGUUCAGUUGCCUUUCCGAAAGAAAGAGGUUUUUUUACCAAUUGAAGGAGUAGAUAAGCUACGCAAACUUGUGAACAAAGUGCUAUUGAGUGACGAAGAGUCUUCCUUUCAGGAACUUGCAAGAGAUAGACUGUUAAUAGCAACAGCCAAGGAGCAAAUGCAGGCAGCAGAUGCACUCAGACGUCCACAGGGUAAACUAAACUCCUCUGUAUCAGCUUUAGUGGGUGCCUCUUUAGGUGCAGGUUUGGGGAUUGUUAUGGCAGUCAUAAUGGGUGCAGCUUCUUCUUUUAGAAGGCCAUCAGAUUGAAUUCACAUAGGCAUGUUGAUUUUCUACGCUGACAUUUGUUCACUGCACUGAAAAGUUAUGAAAAAUGUUGUCAGCCGAGGAAGUACUGGUUUGUUUUGUAUAUAUUUGGCAGACCUUUAAGAAUGGCAUUUGUCUUGAUUAUUGCAAUCAAUGUUCGUCCGCAAGUUGAGUUUCUGAUUGUUGAUCAUUCUACAAUGCAUAUACCGAUUCCUAAUCGAUUUGAUCAAAUAGAGGUGGUCGGGAAAGAGCUUUGCCGAUUGCAUUAAUCAACAAUGUGCAUCCUUAAUCAAUUCUUUUGGGUUAUACCUGUAUGUACAUUUCAUCUCAAUUUAUUUGAAUAAAAUCUAAUAUCCAUGGGGUGCUUUUUUAAAC